AUGACAUUCUUGCAAGCACUAGAAAAAUCGUCUACCGUUGAGCUGUACACGUACAUCAUUCUUCUACUGACAAGCGUGCUGCUCUAUAUCUUCUCCGACUACUUUAAAAAAUGUAUCCUUGCCCUGCGGUUACCCGGCCCAAAGGCCUACCCAAUCAUUGGCAGCUGUUUGGAAAUCACCAAAACGGGACUCGUAUCGCAAGAGAUGGCCAAUGCGUACAAAAAAUAUGGCCCGCUGGCACGCUUCUGGCUUUCAGCCUAUCCGAUGUUCGUCGUGUUCGAUCCGGACGACCUGAAGGUGAUUCUGUCGUCGAAAAAGCACACCGAUAAGUCGGUCUUUUACAAGCUGCUGCACAAUUUCCUCGGCCGCGGUCUCAUCACUAGCAGUGGUCAUAAGUGGAGCUCCCACCGGAAGCUUAUCCAGCCCUCGUUCAGUAUAGCGAUAUUGGAGAAAUUCACCGAAACAUUCUCCGACAGUGCAUCGGCGCUGAUCGACAAGCUGCCAAAGGAGGAAACGGUUCUUAACGUCACAGAGUAUGUGAAUAACUGCGUACUGGACAUCCUCAAUGAGGCCGUGCUAGGAGUCCCCGUAAAAUCGACUGAUAAGAAGGAGAUGGAAACGUCACCGUUCCGACAAGGAAAAGUAGUGGCACCGUACCGGCUUACUCACCCGUGGUUGCUGUUUAAUUUCAUCUACAAACUGACCGACGCGGCAACCGUCGAACUUGACCAGAAGAAACAGUUGGAGGAGUUCUCUAGAAAGAUGAUCGAUCGCCGACGGGAAGCACUGAAGACGCAGAAACCCACCGAUAGGCGCUGCCUGAUGGACUUUAUGAUUGAGAUAUCCAAUGAAAACCCGGACUUCACCGAGGACGACAUCAUCGACGAAGCGUGCACAUUCAUGCUGGCGGGGCAAGAUUCGGUCGGUGCGGCGUUGGCGUUCACACUGUUCCUGCUCGCACGUCAUCAGGACCACCAGGCAAAGUGCUACGAGGAGAUUCGUCAGCACAUCGGUUCCGACCCGAGCAUGCUGCCCACGGCCGAGAACAUCCGCGAGCUGCGCCAUCUAGAGGCGUGCAUCAAGGAAAGCCUCCGCCUGUACCCGAGCGUCCCGCUGAUGGCGCGCAAGAUUGGCGAGGAUGUACGGGUGGGCAAGUAUCAACUCCCGGCCGGUAGCGAAGUACUGAUCCUACCCUACGCCACCCACCGGGUCGAACACGUGUAUCCUGAUCCGGAGCGGUUCAAUCCCGAGCGAUUCGGAGACGGAGCGCCCCAUCAGAACCCGUACGCGUUCCUUCCGUUCAGUGCCGGUCCGCGCAACUGCAUAGGGUACAAGUUUGCGUACAUAGAAAUGAAGACAAUCGUGUCACGAGUGCUGCAAAAUUUCCACCUUUCGCCGGCACCGGGCAAAGAGGAGGUGCUACCCAUCUUCCGCAUGACUCUUCGGGCGAAAGGCGGUCUGUGGGUCAAGCUGACGCCAAGGAAGGUGGUAUCCUAG